CACUUCGUAAUAUCAUAACCUCAGAUAAAAAUCUAACCUCCAAAAUCCUGUUAAUUUAUAUUAAAUAAUAGAAAUGUUUUUACGAAAUGUAUGGACUUUUAGUAGAAAUUUCGCGUUAAAAAACAGACGUCUUUACAGUACAGACCUUUACGAACCGAACUACUUGCAGCAUUUCAAACCAAAAAUUCCGGCCUACGACAUUAUUAAUGUACAAAUACACGGGCACGACUACUGCAUUUUAGAGUCCUAUCAAAAAUGGUUACACAACAUGAUGAAAAAUAUGAACUUGGACGUCGAAAACGGUUGGGCAACUCCCGCACAGCAAUUAAAAAUUAACACUUUCAAACCAAAUACGGAAAUUGUCAAUUCUCAGUUUGAUUUGCAAGUGUACGAAAGAACCUUGCAAAUUAACAUGAUAACCUCGUUACAGUUGGCCACACUACUGCGAGUGCUAGACUCGAGCGCACCCGCUGGUGUAACAGUAAACGUUUCAAAACACGAGCAGUAUCAUGAAGACGUCCGUUACGUACCCGAUUUAGAGCUGGCCAGCUUAAAGGAUCAGUUAGAUACAUUAGGCGGUCCACGUAAAAAAUAAAGAGCUAUAAAAAUAUUCUGUAUAAUAUAUAAAAAAAUAUAAAUGCGUAUUAAACAACA